UGUUUAAGCCGCACAUGCGCACACCGUAGUAUACAUCCCACAUAAAACAAGAAACGACGCAUUGCAGUCAUACAGCUUUAGAAGUUAUAAAUUAACACGAACAUUCAUUACAAAAUGUGAAAAGUUGGCUUUAAAUCAAUCGAACUGAAGAAAGCUCUGAGAUAUUUUUGAAACGUACGAAAAUCACAACACGCACGCGCAAUCGGCUGUCAAAACAAAGCCAGACUUUUGCGAUGUAAACAUGAACGAACGUAAGAUCUUACUUUUCAUCCUCUCAGUGGUCAUUUAUUGCUUGUAUAGUGUUCACAUGUGGUUCAUAAAAGAGAGUACUGUCGAAAAAGUGGAAGCACCUCAAACGGUUACUCCAUCCGAGAACAUUCCAGAUGUCAUAGAAUUUCAAAAGAAGAAUGACACUAUUGAAAUUAAGCAAAAGAUUAAACAAAAAAAUAUUCCUCUAUACUUAACAAAUGCAUGCAGUGUCUUGGAGAUAUUUACAAAGAAGCCGUCAAUAAAAUGUGAACAUAUGGAGAAAGAAGAAGAAAGCAAUGGAAAUGCUAUCACUGUAAUUGGAAUCACUAUAUUCCUAGUCAUAUUAGUAGUGAACGCAAUACUCGAUGUACUUAAGGUGAAAGAAGAGGAACGUGUGAUGAGGAAAUUAAAUCCUAACGGCCAAAGAAGGCAAUCAUUAGCUGAAUUUGCAAAUAAAAAGACACUUCGAAGAGAAUCGAGCAAGUUUGGACUUCAAUUAUUUCAAAUUGCUGAAUCAACAAAAACUUCCGAUGAAGAAAAGAAAGAGAGACGCCAAAGUAGAAUUUAUACGAGAGGAGACUCCACGAAUUCGUAUUUGAGUGAUAAAAAGACACAACAGAAAGAAGGUUCCGCGCCAAGUUCGGUUGGGGAUACUUCUGAACCAAAAUUGGUGAAAAGGCAAUCCGUAGCGAAGCUUUUUGGAGCUCGUCCAGUCCCGAUGGUACGUCGCUCUUCAUUUCCCGCACUACCACUCAAUCCUGAUAUACAAGCCAUGAUGCUGGGCCACCGACAAUCCUCUGUUGACAGCGAUGAUGAAGACGGUAGGGGUCGACGAGUUCGGAUUAUUAGAAGAUUUUAAAUACUUAGCCCUACAUAUGAGAAACAUGGACACCGAAACAUAACGACUAUGGCGUAAAAUGUAUUUUGCAGGUGAAAAACUAGUACAAUCCACUGCACGUAUUUUCAUUCUGUACGUAUAAAGAAAUACACAUUCCUGUACCUGUAUACGACAAACGCCCUGCAUGGCCUAAAGCUGGAUAUUUCUUUACGACUGCAAAAGAAGGCACAGCGAUUUUAUCAUUUGAUUAUUGUAUUUGAGUAUUUGACAGCCACUCGCGCCCAAAGCAUGUGCGGCCAGUUCGAUAUAUUUUUAUUUUAGACAUAUCACACAAGAUAAAUAUCUAUCUUACUUAUUAUAAUAACUUGUCAUGUCUCGUCAUUAUUGUUGACUUCUAGUCAGCUUUCUCUUUUAUAAGUGUAAAAUUUUCUGUCCAUCGGAACGUAUGUAAAACCACAAAGCUGUAUAUUAGAGAUACAAUUUUAACUUUUUUUUUUUAUUAUUUGCAUAUUAUGCGGUAGCAUCACACAUUUGUAUGUUAUUUGAAUUCGUAGUGAUGGUUUUGUAUAUUAACAUGUAGGUACCCAUUGUUAUAAUUGUGACUUUUGACAAUUUCUUUCUCGUCUGAUUAGAGGGUUUUCAAAAAGGUCUUAAUAUGAGAGCUAGUAAGUAGUAAAUCUAUAAUGUCAGUAUUCAUUAGGGAUUUAUUAAUAAUUAGACUAUUUCAAAAACACUGCAUUAAUUAAAUCGCAAUUAUUUACCGACUUAGAAACAAUGGGUCAGGGUCACCCUGUAUAAUAGUGAGUUGGUACUGCAACCGAGUGUAGAUAAUUACAAUUAUUCAUAAUCGCCUUUAACGAAAUCGAGAAGUAUUUGGAAGUUAACU